ACCAGAUCGCGGAUUCAUCAUGUCCUGGGAAAGUUCGGUCGACAAUUCCUCUCCACUUUUUGACCGGAUGGAUCGCUGAGUAUUUUCAGACCCACUACGGCGUAUGGAAGGGAAUCCGUGGUCCGGGGAUGGUGAAGCACUCCGGGGCUGUUAGUGCUCGUGCGUAUAGAGCAGAUGUUGCAUGCCGAAAGAUUUUACGCGGUGACUACUUUCGUUGGGCUUGCACCAUGAUCACGAAAGAUUUCGACGUACGGUUUGUUGAUGACGGGAAGCGCGAAGACUACGAGCAAGAAUACUUCAUCUCCAUUCGCUCUUGUUUUCUGACUUUGCGGGAUGGAUUUCGAUGCUUCGUGGAGCCGUAUAGUCCCCACCGUUUUUGCCGUCAAUUUGGUUUUUUCCAAGAGAUUCCCGGAGUUCUUUUGAAAGACGUCCGUUGCUGCGCUUUUGAGGAAGGCUAUCAACAUUGGCACCAAAGUACUUACUUGAAAUCUUCAGCCGAAGUUAUUCUUCCACGCAUUCCUGCGAUUCCGAGGGGAUUUUCUUCCGACGUAUACAAGAAGUGGUGGACUCAAGUUUGCGGGUCUUUCUUGGAUAAGUAUAUCCCGCCGGUACAAAAGACCACCGAUCAGACCAAGCCAUCGGAUAAAGCUCGAAAAAUGCCGCUACUUAUCUCGGGUGUUCCUGAGAGGAACAAUGGAAAUUCAAGUACUCACAAUGUCGGUUCUUCAAAGCGGACGGUACCCUCGGUCUCUGAACGAAGCAGUAGUGAGCAUGAUGUUCAUUGGAAGCGAGCUCGUCGAGAUCCUCAUAUCAUCAACCCGUCAAGUCCUCGUUCGAGCCGACACCAUUCUUCGAGCAAUUUCGCGAGAGAGUUGGAGCAAAGAAUCCCGAGUAUGGAUGAAAAGAUGGCGAGCCGAGAUUCUAUUGUUGAGGUGAUUGGAGAAAGCAGAGGUGUUUGCAAUAAGCAAGUAAAGGAUGCUCCAACCAAGCCAAUAGUUGUUCAUUCCGUUGUGCCCGCGGUUUCAGAAUUCUGUGGCGCGAAUUUUGUGAAAGAGAUCCAACGCGAAUAUAUAGGAAAAGUAUGGUCGGAUCUUCGGGGUAAGCUUUUGAGGACACCAGCUCGUUUGCUUUCCUCGAUUAAGGACGAGGUUGAUGUAGUGCUCCAAUCAAUGAAAAGCUUUCAGUAUUCUGACAUUUCUCAUAUUGAGGACCGAGUCAAGGCCCUUUUUGAUGACGCUGCAUCUUUUGAUGAGGCAUGUUCUGACUCGAUCGACGCCGUAUCCUUAGCGGCUCGUAACCAACAGAUUUCCGAGAUCAAAGAUCGACUGUCGCACCUUGAGACGAGGCAUGUUGAGGAGUGCGAAGCUAUUAAGGAGUUAGAGGGGUGUGUGGAGAAUAUUGACGUGAAGCUUCGCUCUUUACAAGAGCAAAAAAGAGAGAAUAUUUCCCUUAUUAAGCGACGUCAAGGAGUUAAUGAGAAUAUCACCAUUCAAAUUGCUGAAGUCAAGGAUGAACUCGCCGCUGUAGAGAAUGUCCCCGCGCAAGACGAAGAAUACUUAAAAAGCUUAGAAGAGUUGUUGGAUAUUAGCAAAGAAGAGUUGUAUAAUCUUAAUGUUUAAGAUCAAUUUGUACUCUUCAUUUUGAU